AUGGACAACGACACAAAGGUUGCCAUCGUUACAGGUGCUGCCUCCGGUAUUGGCAAGGCACUGGCGACUCAUCUAGUAGCGGAAGGUUGGCGCGUGGCAUGCUGCGACCUUCAGCGUCAAGCUGGCAGUGCCGUGGCAGCGGACCUUGGAAGCAAUGCAGCCUUUUUCGAAUUGGAUGUCACGAGUUAUAGCGACCAGGCCAAGGUCUUCAGCCAAGUCUGGGAGAGAUGGGGUAGGCUGGAUGCUCUUCUGGCUAACGCCGGCCACUCAGACCGGGGAUCCAUAUACAUCCUCGACCAUCGAGGCAAGACAGAGAUCCCCCCUGAGCCAGCCCUCAAGUCCAUAAAAGCAUGCUACGAAAGUCUCCUCUACGGUGUGCAGCUUGCCAUUCAUUUCAUGAGAAUGAAUUCAACGCCCGGUGGCUCCGUUGUUACGACAUCGACUAUCGCCUCCGUCCAUCCACAUCAAACAUUUCCCGAGUACUGCGGAGCCAAGGCGGCAGUCAAUCAAUUUGUUCGGACUGCAGCGCCUAUUCUAAAAUUGAAAGAUAAUAUUUCCCUAAAUGCUGUGUUGCCAGGUAUCGUUAUAACAGGGGCGGUACCUCAAUCUUCUAUUGAUGCUACCAAGCCGGAACACAUAACGCCAGUAAAGACCGUCGUUGAUGCCUACAACAUUUGUCUUGCCCAGCCAGACAUGAUUGGUCAACUUAUCGAAUGCUCAACAGAUAAACACUUUUUCCACCCCUUGCCGGAACUGGCCAACGGCGAAGCAACCAAGCGAGCUUGUACAGUCUGGGAACCGCUCUUUGAGCAGAAGCACCACGAAAAGUCAGGAUUACCAGAUGCCAUCCCAUAA